UGAGCAGUGCGUAUGGCCUACAGUAACUGACAACCAAUGUGAUUUUACCCUGACUUUUAGAAUACUCUCCAAUAUGGAUUUUACAUCUUGGUUCAAUCGUUCGCUCCUCGUGGUUUUCAUUUUGUGUUCUCUGGAUACAACUAAACUCUUUGGGGUCGAUUCACAAAGUAUAAACUUAAUGAGACUUUCACCAGGGGGUGUUAUCGUUGAAGGUGUCGAAGUGAAGCUACAAUGUUAUGUCGAUAGACUUGCAGCAACUCAUGUCAUAGAAUGGGUUAGAGUCUACAUGGACGUAGGAGUGAUAAUAGCAAGGAAUGGGACAAGUCUAGACCAGAGAUAUGAACUUCAAACAUCCAGACCACCAGCGUCUACGUCUGGGAUAUCAAUUGAUGAAAAUCUUGUCAUCAAAAACAUCAGUAAAACAGAUACAUCAUUCACCUGUCGUAUUGAUGACACUGGAAGCGAAAUGAUGAGCAACAAUCCUCUGUUAUCAAGUAACAUUAAUUUAAAUGUUCAUUACUUCCCAUCACCAAUGUACCCUAUCUGCUUCCCUAAUGGUCCUUUCACUGUACAAGAAGGAACGCUACAACAUUUGAGCUGCACUUCUGAAAAAGGGAACCCGGCAGUAAAUGUUGAAUUGUUGCCAACUCCGUCAACUGCUAUUUAUCUGUGGAUGUUUUCGGAUAUCAACAACGAAGCCAGACGAUUUAUCAUUCUCACGUUGGAUGAGACUUAUAAUGGCUAUCAAUUCCAAUGUAUAAUCAUCAGUGACUAUUUCCCAGGACGAAGUGGAUCCUGUACCAUCGGACCAAUCACAGUGACCAAUAUGACAACUGAAUCUAUCGAAGACGCUAAUACAGAGAUGGGAUCCAGAACAGAUAACCCUACUGCCAUGAUGACCGAUCAAACCUCACCCAUACCCUCAACUGAUAUCCCUAACUGCCAUUGCUGUGAAUUAUGCGAAUCCAAUGAAGAAUCCAUCAAUACAUCUCCUACCCCGUUGCUCGUAGCCUUCAUCAUCUUUCUCAUCCUUUUCAUUGUCUCUCUCAUCAUCAAUAUCUUCUUCCUCAUCAAACAUCGACAUCUUAAGAUCACCAAGGAGAAGGAAACCAAUGUAGCCAAAGCUGAUCCCUACAUGGAGCUGCAACCAACGGAGGACAAGAAUAAAGUCUAUAUGGAACCUACUACGGCUACAACUACCACACAAGAUACCUACUACCAACCAGUUGAAGUAGAGACAGACAGCCCAGAGGAUGGCUACGCUCGGCCAGAGGGCAGCACCAACACUGACUAUGAAGCGGUCAGCAAGCCACAGAGUUCAGCUGAGAAACCAUAUAAGAAUAUUAACAAUUAACUCCUGGAAAAUGUGCGAAAAUACUUCGGAGGAUGACGAAAGAACUGUCAAGCUGACUUGAACUCCGGACAUUAACACUUUGGAUAACCAUGAACACUCGUCAAUAAAUUUCUGUACAUAGUGCUCGGAAUAGACAUAGGGUAUAUGACAUACAUCAUUAAUUGAAACAUCAAUAUAGUUCCAGCAAUGAACCCUUGUGCGUGUUAAAAUGUAUAUAAAAGCUAUGUAAUCGUAAUGUACAUGGAAACAUAAAAAAUAAUCAAACAGUAGGCCAAUCAAUGUUUUACAUUUACGUUUAAAGACACUGGACACUAUUGGUAAUUGUCAACGACCAGUCUCCUCAC